AGCCUUGUCGCUCUGGUUUUCUCUUACUGUGUGUUUUGAUUGAUUCUCUGUAGUGGAGAGUGUUUUCUAGGGUUUUAAUAGCUUGAUUUUUGGGUGUUAUGGCUCGAUUGAUACUUCCUUGUCGAAGCUCGUCGUCUUUGGCCACUAGGUUCAACCUUCUCGGUUUGAUCUCUCGUGCUCCUCCUGGUCCCUUAAGAAGCGGUUCACUUCCGUUACGUAAUUCAGCAAAGAGACUUACUCAAUACAGACCCUUUCUUACUUCCCAGGUUACUUGUUUGAGCAAGAAUCAGUUUCUAUCAUAUUCUGUCGAUAGAUAUAAGCGAGACAGCAGCAGGAGGCUGAUUUGUUCUGUUGCCACCGAAUCAGUUGAAGAAUCCAAAAUGGAUGCACCUAAGGAAAUCUUUCUCAAGGACUACACCAAGCCUGAUUACUACUUUGAAACUGUGGAUCUAAGCUUCUCUCUAGGUGAAGAGAAGACAAUUGUUAGCUCCAAGAUCAAAGUUUCCCCUCGAGUUAAAGGAUCUUCUGCUCCCUUGGUCUUGAAUGGGCAUGACUUGAAGCUACUCUCUGUCAAGGUUGAGGGGAAGCUUCUAAAGGAAGGGGAUUACCAGUUGGAUUCUCGUCAUCUCACUCUGCCUUCACUGCCGGCCGAGGAGUCCUUUGUUCUGGAAAUUGAUACUGAGAUAUACCCCCACAAGAAUACUUCACUUGAUGGGCUCUACAAGUCAUCUGGGAAUUUUUGCACACAAUGUGAAGCAGAGGGUUUCCGGAAAAUCACAUUUUACCAGGACCGUCCUGAUAUUAUGGCGAAGUACACAUGCCGUGUUGAAGCUGACAAGUCACUCUAUCCUGUACUGUUGUCCAACGGAAACCUCAUUUCUCAAGGAGAUGUAGAGGGAGGUCGGCACUUUGCCUUAUGGGAGGAUCCUUUCAAGAAGCCAUGCUAUCUAUUUGCUCUGGUGGCUGGACAGCUAGCGAGCAGAGAUGAUACAUUUACUACACGCUCUGGUAGGGAGGUAUCUCUGAAAAUCUGGACUCCUGCAGAAGAUCUACCAAAGACUGCUCAUGCCAUGUAUUCUCUGAAGGCGGCCAUGAAGUGGGAUGAAGAUGUGUUUGGCCUUGAGUAUGACCUGGAUCUCUUCAACAUUGUCGCCGUUCCAGAUUUUAACAUGGGAGCCAUGGAAAACAAGAGUUUGAACAUUUUUAAUUCCAAGCUUGUCCUGGCAUCUCCAGAAACUGCAACAGAUGCAGAUUAUGCUGCAAUUUUGGGAGUUAUUGGUCAUGAAUACUUCCACAAUUGGACAGGCAACAGGGUGACAUGCCGUGACUGGUUCCAACUCAGUCUAAAGGAAGGUCUAACUGUCUUCCGUGAUCAGGAGUUUUCAUCUGAUAUGGGAAGCCGUACUGUAAAGCGUAUUGCUGAUGUUUCAAAGCUCAGGAUCUAUCAAUUCCCGCAGGAUGCUGGUCCUAUGGCACAUCCUGUUCGCCCACAUUCAUACAUCAAGAUGGACAACUUCUACACAGGCAAGUUUCUGUUUGCUAAGAAGUCUGGGAUUCUGUUAUAGGCUUUCAUCUGGUUACUAUUUGUAUUGGGUUCCAAUCUAACGUGCUUGUGUUUUUUGCAACUAAUGAUUUGGUUUUUGUUUUCGUUUCAGGUUUAUGAAAAGGGAGCUGAGGUUGUGAGGAUGUACAAAACUCUACUAGGAAGUGAGGGUUUCCGAAAGGGUAUUGAUCUUUAUUUUCAAAGACAUGAUGAGCAAGCUGUGACCUGUGAAGACUUCUUUGCUGCUAUGCGUGAUGCAAACAAUGCAGAUUUUGCUAAUUUCUUGCAAUGGUACUCUCAAGCUGGAACGCCAGUCGUCAAAGUGGCAUCCUCUUACAAUGCUGAAGCUCGUACCUUCUCUUUGAAAUUCAGUCAGGAGAUACCCCCGACUCCGGGCCAGCCAACAAAAGAACCAACAUUUAUUCCAGUGGUUGUUGGUCUUCUGGACUCAAGUGGAAAAGACAUUACACUUUCCUCUGUUUACCAUAAUGGUACACUUCAGACCAUUUCAAGCAGCAGCACAAUCCUUCGAGUGACCAAGAAAGAAGAAGAGUUUGUGUUCUCUGAUAUAUCAGAAAAACCUGUGCCGUCUCUGUUUAGAGGAUUCAGUGCCCCAGUUCGUGUUGAGACUGAUCUCUCUGAUGAUGAUCUGUUCUUCCUCUUAGCCCAUGAUUCAGAUGAAUUCAAUCGGUGGGAGGCAGGUCAAGUUCUGGCAAGGAAGCUCAUGCUGAACUUAGUUUCUGAUUUCCAACAAAACAAACCAUUGGUUCUAAACCCAAAGUUCAUUCAGGGUCUCGGCAGCGUGCUUUCUGACUCGAGCUUGGACAAGGAAUUUAUAGCCAAGGCAAUAACAUUACCUGGGGAGGGAGAGAUUAUGGACAUGAUGGCCGUGGCGGAUCCUGAUGCUGUUCAUGCCGUUAGAAAGUUUGUUAGAAAGCAGCUUGCAUCUGAACUUAAAACUGAGCUUCUAAAGAUAGUUGAGAACAAUAGGAGCACUGAGGCUUAUGUCUUUGACCACCCCAAUAUGGCUAGGCGUGCUUUGAAGAACACUGCUCUAGCUUAUCUUGCAUCGCUUGAGGAUCCAGCAUACGUGGAACUUGCAUUGGGUGAAUACAAGUCGGCCACCAAUUUGACAGACCAAAUUGCUGCUUUGGCAGCUCUUGCACAAAAGCCGGGUCAAACCCGUGAUGAGGUUCUUGCUGAUUUCUAUAACAAGUGGCAGGGCGAUUACUUGGUUGUUAAUAAAUGGUUCCUCCUUCAAGCAUCAUCCGACAUUCCCGGGAAUGUGGAGAAUGUCAAGAAGCUUUUGGAUCACCCAGCUUUUGAUCUGCGCAAUCCAAACAAGGUUUACUCGCUCAUUGGAGGGUUCUGCGGUUCGCCAGUGAAUUUCCAUGCAAAAGAUGGAUCAGGUUACAAGUUCUUGGGUGACAUUGUUGUCCAGUUAGACAAAAUCAAUCCUCAGGUUGCUUCUCGUAUGGUAUCUGCGUUUUCGAGGUGGAAGCGCUACGAUGAAACCCGACAAGCUCUGGCCAAGGCACAGUUGGAGAUGAUAAUGUCAGCUAAUGGGUUAUCUGAAAAUGUAUUUGAGAUUGCCUCUAAGAGCUUGGCUGCUUGAGAGACCACAUCAAGAAUCAAAUCCUUUUUAAAGACAUUUCUACUCGUAGCUCCGAAUUAUCAUGUUAUGAGCUUUUUACAUUCAACGCAUGCACUUUACAAUAAUAAACUUAUCCUGAACGUCACAUGUUUUUCUUUUUAUGUUAUGUACUUUUUCUCUAACGAAAUGAUGUUUUUCUUUUAUAUCAAGUUGAAAGAAUGAACAUUCACCCA